AUGGUAGACUUUAACUUCAAAGAUCUGUUCUCGAACAAACAGCGACGAGCGUUCCCCGAAGUCGUGGUGCCCCUCGCCAGUUCCAACGCGACUACUACCAAGGACGAUGGCUCCAACAGCUCUCUCGACCGCGCAUCCAGCCAGGAGAAUGGCUGCAGUGCCGGCCCGGUCAGGCGUAGCUCACUGACUUUGGAAGCUCUCCGCGAGGAGGUCGAUUCCAGUAUCGCUGCCUCCGGUCACGACACUAUCUAUGAUCGCAAGGCGAAGGUGAUUAACCGCGCUAUCCAGGACAUUGGUAUGGGUCGAUACCAAUGGAGUCUGUUCGUUCUCUGCGGCAUGGGCUGGGUUGCCGAUAACUUGUGGUUGCAGGGUGUUGCUCUUACCUUGACACCUGUCUCCAUGGAGUUCGGUGUCUCCGAAAACGCCUCCCGUUUCGCUACUUGCGCUCUCUUCGUUGGUCUCAUUGUCGGUGCUUCCUUCUGGGGUAUCGCCUCUGAUGCCAUCGGUCGUCGACCCGCUUUCAAUUGCACUCUUUUCAUCUGUGGUACCUUUGGUCUCGCUGCUGGCGGUGGAUCUAGCUGGGUCGGCGUUUGUGCUCUGUACGCCUGCCUAGGUCUUGGUGUCGGUGGUAAUCUGCCUGUUGACGCGGCCGUUUUCCUCGAGUGCCUGCCUCCUGAUUCGGCCAACAUUCUGAGUGGUCUGGCUACCUGGUGGUCGAUUGGUACUCUGAUCGCCAGUAUGCUGGCCUGGGCCUUUAUCCCCAACUUCUCAUGUGAGACCUAUGCCACCUGUGACAAGUCCAACAACUGGGGUUGGAGAUAUCUCGUUCUCAGUCUGGGCGCCAUCACUUUCUGCAUGUUCCUUUCCCGGUUCCUCUUCUUCACUCUGUACGAGUCGCCCAAGUUCCUGGUCUCUCGUGGUCGUCAGGACGAAGCCGUCGCCGCUGUCCAGGGUAUCGCCCACAAGAACAAGACCACGACCUGGCUCACUGAGGAGAUCCUCAACGAGAUCGGCGGUGUGGCCGAGAAGCACGAGAAGGAGUCCUUGUCCACCGUGGAAAUCAUCAAGCGAUCCCUGGAGCGCUUCUCCGUCCAGCAGGUCAAGCCUCUCUUCCGGACCAAGAAGCUUGCCAUCACCACCAUCCUAAUCUGGUUCUGCUGGACCUGUAUCGGAAUGGGCUACACCCUCUUCAACGCCUUCCUGCCGCAAUACCUGAGCUCCAACGCCACCUCCACCUACGAGACCUAUCGCAACUACGCCAUCACCGCCGUCUGCGGUAUCCCUGGUCCCCUGUUGUCUUGGGUCAUGGUCGACAUCCCGUAUAUUGGCCGCAAGGGCACAAUGGCAUUCUCCACCGUCGUCACCGGUGUCCUUCUCUUCUGCUUCACCGCCACCAAGGACCCCAACGUCCAGCUCGUUUGCUCGUCCCUGGAAUCUUUCUUCCAGAUGAUGAUGUACGGUGUACUCUACGCUUACACCCCAGAGGUCUUCCCUGCCCCGAACCGUGGUACUGGAUCUGGAAUUGCUAGCUGUCUGAACCGCAUUGCUGGUCUUAUGGCUCCUAUAAUCGGUAUUUAUGCCAGCACUGAUCCCCAGGCACCUAUCUAUGCUGCUGGUGCCCUCAUUCUGGCCUCUUUCUUGGCUAUGAUUUUCCUGCCUAUUGAGACGGCGGGUAAGCAGACUAUGUAA